AUGGUUUUGCCUGUUUUUUUGUUGUUUUCCUCUGUUUUAAGCGAUGCACAGCAAGAGAAGCACUGCCUCCACUACAUGUUUACUAUCAUGAUAAAAGCAGACACUCUGCCAGUGUUCAGUGCUGUGGGUGAAUCUGACGACAUACAGAUCUCUCACUACAGCAUUGAAGAGCAAGUCUGGAUAAGAGAGAACCUGACUGAAGAUGACUGGAGCGAAGCUCCUGAAGGACCUCCUGAAACUACAGACUGGUAUCUAGAUCUGAUCAAGAUCCUGUCAAACUGCACUGAGUCUUCUGAGCUCCGUGUUCUUCAGAGAAUAAUUGGCUGUGAACUGGAGAAACUUCCUGAUGGAUCAGUGAAUCUGACACCGGUUGAUGAAUUUAGAUUUGAUGGAGAGGAUUGCGUUGUUGAUACAAGCACAAAUGCCAAAGAAACCAAAAUCAAGUGGGACAGUCAAAUAAAACUUCAAGCAUUCAUCAAUACCUGCCUGGACUGGAUCACCACAUUUAACAACACAAAAAAGAAUUCACCAGAUGUUCAUGUGUUUGCGAGGAAAGCUUCCGAUGAUCACAGUAAGCUGGUUCUGAGCUGUCUGGCCACUGGUUUCUACUCCAGAGAUAUUGAGAUGAACAUCAGAUUGGACAGAAUUAACAUUGUGAACCAAAUAUCAUCUGGAAUCAGACCAAAUAAUGAUGAAACCUUUCAGAUGAGAACCAGUGUGGAGAUCGACAGAAAUCACAAAGGAUCUUAUGACACAGCAGCCUGACAGAACCAGCUUCAGUAAAAUGGGAUGGCAGAUGUUCUGACUGUGAAACAGAAUCUCAGUGGCCUGUUACAGUAGGAAUAGUAAUAUCAGCUGUAGUUUUAGUUGUAGUCCUUACUGUGUUUCAUCGCUGCAUCAACAAAA